AUGGCGGACAGUCUUCCCACAGAGUUCGAUGUGGUCAUAAUAGGGACAGGUCUACCUGAAUCCAUCCUGGCAGCUGCAUGUUCAAGAAGUGGUCAGAGGGUUCUUCAUCUUGAUUCAAGAAGUUACUAUGGAGGAAACUGGGCAAGUUUCAGCUUUUCGGGAUUGCUCUCCUGGUUAAAGGAGCAUCAGCAAAACGGUGACAGUGCAGAAGAAAGCACUGCUUCAUGGCAAGGCCUGGUGCAUGAAACAGAAGAAGCCAUUGCUCUUCGCAAGAAGGAUGAAACCAUUGAACACAUAGAAGUUUUCUGUUAUGCCAGUCAGGAUAUGGAUGACAAUAUUGAAGAGAUCAGUGCUCUGCAGAAAAAUCCUUCCUCAGUAACAUCUAAACCUCUGGAUUCUGUGUGCUUGUCCGAAGAAACAAACUCAUUACAUGUUACUAGCUCUGAAACGCCUGCCAAAGACACUCCAAAAAGUGAUGAAGAGAUUUCACUAGAAGUAACUGAUGUAGAGGACAUCUUGGCAGAAGAAAAAUAUUGUGGAGAUAAAACCUGUAUAAACACAGCUUCAGGUGGAGAUAAAGAUGAAAACAAACCUAUAGAGGAAGAUAACACUGAUCAACCAAAGAGAAAUAGGAUUACUUACUCCCAAAUAGUUAAAGAAGGCAGGAGAUUUAAUAUUGAUUUGGUAUCAAAGCUGCUGUAUUCUCAAGGAUUGCUAAUCGAUCUUUUAAUCAAAUCAAAUGUUAGUCGUUAUGCAGAAUUUAAAAACGUCACUAGGAUUCUUGCAUUUCGUGAGGGAAAAGUAGAACAGGUGCCUUGUUCCAGAGCAGAUGUCUUUAAUAGCAAAGAACUCACUAUGGUUGAAAAGAGGAUACUGAUGAAAUUUCUUACAUUUUGUUUAGACUAUGAACAACAUCCUGAUCAAUACCAAGCUUUUGUGCAUUGCUCAUUUUCAGAUUACUUAAAAACUAAAAAAUUAACCCCCAACCUCCAACAUUUUGUGCUGCACUCAAUUGCAAUGACAGAGUCCUCUUGCACCACAAUAGAUGGCCUUAAAGCAACUAAAAACUUCCUUCGGUGUCUUGGACGGUUUGGCAACACUCCCUUUUUAUUUCCCUUGUAUGGCCAAGGAGAAAUUCCCCAGUGUUUCUGCAGGAUGUGUGCAGUUUUUGGUGGAAUCUAUUGUCUUCGCCAUAAAGUUCAAUGCCUUAUAGUUGACAAAGAAUCUGGAAGAUGUAAAGCAAUUAUAGAUCACUUAGAUCAAAGAAUAAAUGCUAAAUAUUUUAUUGUGGAGGAUAGUUACCUUUCUGAGGAAACAUGCUCAAAUGUGCAAUAUAAGCAGAUCUCCAGGGCAGUGCUCAUUACAGAUCAGUCUAUACUCAAGAAGGCAGAUUCAGAUCAGCAAAUUUCCAUUUUGAUAGUGCCUCCAAUGGAAUCAGGAACAUGUGCUGUUCGUGUCACUGAAUUAUGUUCUUCAACCAUGACAUGCAUGAAAGACACCUACCUGGUACACCUGACCUGUUCAUCUUCUAAAACAGCAAGAGAAGACUUAGAGUCAGUAGUGAAGAAAUUAUUCACCCCAUAUACUGAAACAGAAAUAGACAAGGAAGAACUCACAAAGCCAAGACUCUUGUGGGCUCUUUAUUUUAAUAUGAGAGAUUCCUCGGGAAUCAGCAGAAGCUCAUAUAAUGGCUUACCUUCCAAUGUUUAUGUCUGCUCUGGGCCUGACUGCGGACUGGGAAAUGAGCACGCAGUCAAGCAAGCUGAAACACUUUUCCAGGAGAUCUUUCCCAAUGAAGACUUCUGCCCCCCACCUCCAAAUCCAGAAGAUAUAAUCUUUGAUGGUGAUGAUAAGCAACCUGAGGCUCUUGGAACCAAUAAUAAAAUCAUGGCCAAACCAGACUCCUCUGAGGAAAAUAAAAACCCAGAAAGCCCAGAGAACCACCUUCAAGACUAGAAAGGAGCAAACCGGAAAUGCUCUUUUGGGCCUUCAUCCUGACAUCAGAAUAUUUUCAUUUAAAGAACCAUUUCCUAUGUGAUUAAUAAGAAUUGGUUAUAUGAUGAAUGCUAUGCAGAUGUUGUCUUUACUUCUAUUUGAGACAUUCAGUCACGGGAUGUUGUUAAUUUAUCACCAACUGAUUGAUUGAUGAUUGGACAAGGUUAGCUCUAUUUUAGUAUUGAGUAUAUAAGUGUGGGUUCCAAAUUAGCAACUGUGCAUACUGGGAGGUAAUACAUGUCUGCUAAUGAUCUUCAGAUUUAUUAGUCUAUAAAAACAAUAAUAUCUAAGGAAUAGUUUAGUUACUUUUGUAAUUAUUACAGUUGCUACCAUGUCUGAAUAAACACACAGAAUAAAUUAUGUGGGUCUUUUGUAUAUAAUACAAAUGUACAGACAUGGUGGUAGCAAUAGCAACUUAUGCAAGUGCCAACUGUUAAAAGAUUAGCUUUGCAUGAUCCUUUAUUUGUGAAGGUGUAGUGUUUACAACACAUUGUGCAGUUCAGUUCCCCUACUUGACCCUUACAAGCAGCAGGGCAGUGACACCACCAGUCUUCUGUAUUACAAAAAGUGUUGGACAGUUCAUCUAGUCAUUGAAGAGCUCAUUCUUGGAAAGUUUGUCCCAAAGGAAAUCUAAGGGUAAGGUUAGUUCUGGUUUAAUACUUCAGAAAAUUCCUGCAGAGCCUUGUGCUGGCACCUAAAAGAAAAGAACUUCCAACAACUAAUUCAGAUCAAGAGGAAAAAAAAAAUUUAUAUAUAUAUAUAUAUAUAUAUAUAUAUAUAUAUAUUUCCCCAAGAAAAGGUACCUCAGGUUGGCUGUUUUGAAAUUCCUAAGAAGAAAUGGAGUGAGGCAUUUCUAACCUGGGAUACCAAUGGCUUUUCAAAGCCAUCCAUAGAUUUCCCAAGGUUUCUUAGUGUGAGUUAUAUCACCUUGUUGGUGCUACCACUUUAAUUACAGCACUGACUACAAGGGAUAGUAGUCAAUCAAAGGAGGAUUCAACCAUGUCCCCUCCCUUUUGUCCCACCUCAAAACUAGUGAGGUAACUGCCUCUGUGAUCACUUCUGCCUCUCAACUGUUAUCUAGAGAACAAAACCCUUUUUUUCCAGAACCAGCAGAAGUCAAAACUAUUGUACUCCAGUGGAGUUGUCAGAAGAGGUAAAAUGCCCCCUUCAGUCUCCUGUUUUCUGUUCCUCAGAAUGGUAAUCCUAUAGAAGGGAGCCCUCCAGAGCUAAUUUUUGUUCUGGAAGAGAGCAUUUACUAUGUGCUAGGCACUUUUGCUUUCUAGUUACAGUUUCUCAACCACGCUUUGAGGCUGAUAGUAUUGAAUACAUUUUUAAAGAAGAGGUAAAGAGUAAAGAUGAGUAUUAAUAAUUGUCCAGGGUCUGAUAUGUAGAAGAGCCAACAUUGGGAUCCAAGUUUUGAAGUCCUUCCGCUAACAUUAACUGUUAGAAGAAUGCAGGUGCUGCUUAUGAAAGUUCGUGCAGUGUUGCCAGUGAAGCAGAGUAGACAGACUCCAGUCUUUCAGCUUAUUCUCAGAUCAGGAAAUGUGAAGAUUAGGAUUAAUUAAAAAUAAAUACACUUUAGAGGUAAGGAGCUCACGGGAAGCAGAAUUUGGCUAAAUUUUAACAAACUAAUGCUUUUUAAUAACCUAUCCUUUGAUCUGAACAACAUGUUCUAAAAAUACACAGAUGUUACUGGGCCAAAAUAAGCUAUGAAUAGUCUUUUGUUGCUCUUCUAUAUGUGAGGAAAAUGAAACAAAAAUUUAAGUAAUUUACAGCUUAUUGAAAAUAGAGAAAUCAUGACUUGGUAUUAAUAUUUACACAUUUUUUUAAAUGGCAAAGUGGUUUUAUUGGUUAUAUCCUAAGGUUUAAACCUAUCAAAAUAAUUGCACCAUCAAUAAAACAAAUGAUAUUUGAAAUAGAAUAGAAUUUUUGUGCAGAUUGUUAUGUAAUGUGUUUGAAAUCAUAUCCAAAGGAAUGCCACUAGGUGACAUUAAUAGGUAGAUUUACUACACUUCUGCUUAACAUUCCCACUGAUAUUUUAUAUAAUUUGAUAGAAUUGUGGCAAAUCAAGAAAAUAGGCAAGGAAAGAUAGAUUUAUCUUUUUAACUUAGGAAAAAAAUGAGAGUCUUGCCCUUUAAAUCCUAAAGUAACCUUUUUAAAUAUACUAUGCUAUGUAGGAAGCUUAAGACUAAUAAACCAGUUGGAAAGAAAUAAUUAUGUGAUAACUACUGAUGGAAAGACUAACUGGAUGUCCGUAUGAAAAAAAGAAUUAGGCCCACUUUACAUGUGAUAAGACAAUUCAUUCUGUAUGAAUUAAAAUGUUGAUUUUAAAGGUAAAAAUAAAAAUACUACAAUUCUCAUCCCAGUAUUACUAAAGGAGCUUUAUGGCAGUGAAAAAUAUUGGCAAGGAAGGUGAAAUCAACUAGAGAAAAAUGAAAAUUGGACACUAAAUAGGAAAAAGAUAAAAAAAAGAAGAGAUUGGAUUUUAAAAAGCUACUUGCAUUCUACAUGGACAAAGUGCUUAAUAUUUUUUUUAAAAGGAGAUGCAAAACCAUAAAGUUUCUACUCUUUAUGAAGCAAAUUUAAGAAAGGAUAGAGUACACAUGAGAAGAUACAAAUAAAAGUCAAUUCCUGAAAUGAUAUUCAGGUUUCCUCGUAUUAAAAAUACAAAUUGUAACAACUUUGACUUAGUUUAUGCUAUUAACAUUUUAAAGCUCAUGUGUCUCUACCAGUAGCAAUAUUAUUUUAGUAAUUUUUAAAAGAACUAUUUAGAUGAAUAUAACAGGAGCUUUGUAACCAGUUUAUUUUUUUGCUAGAUGAAGUCAUUUUGAACAGCAUACACCCAGGAAAAUAUUUAGAAGAGAAAAUAAGCUACAUGAACAAAGAUACUUUUAGCAAUUCCAUUCAUACGGGUUUUAAAAAAGUCUAGUAAUUGGGAAAUGGAUAAGUAAAUUAUGAUGUAUUGGUAUUGCUGUUUAGACUGUUACGUAGUCAUUAAAUGAUAUUGAUAUAUGUGAAAUUGUAUGAAAAAUGUUAAAUGAGAUUAAAAAAUGUUAAAACAUUUUAUGUACUGAUUAUAUUUGUGUAAAAAUUUAGGUGUCUACAUUGAAAAGAAUCAGAAGAAAACAUGUAAUUAAUUAGAGUUUAACAAUAAGGGGUUCUUUUUUUCUGUAAAAUUUGAUGUGUAUAAUACAAAUAAAAGAAUAAUUGGCAAAGUGA